AUGCACAUUGACUGUGGAAAGCUCCUGCAUGACGAUAACGGUGAUUAUUCAAGGAAACUGACAGCAUCACGUCCCAAACUUUCCGACCAUGUCUAUCUGUCUAUGAGCUGCGAACACAUUCGCGCUCGAGUGCUUCCCCCAAAGCCACUUGAUCGAAUGAAAUUUGGAGUAGCGCACUUAAGAAUCGUAUACGAGGGUUACGAGUUCCUCGAGGAUGAACUGAGAUCAAGCUAUCAUCCACAGAAUAUCUUUUGCUACUCCAUCGAUUAUAAGGCGAAAAAAGACUUCACUGAGAGGGUAGAGGCACUUGCAGAAUGCCUUCCUAAUGUCAUAGCUCCUAAAGAGCGUUUUGUCAUUGGAAGACGUGGAAUUAAUGGAACUCGCGCACAUUACGAAUGCAUGAAAGCGGUGAUGGCGUAUAAAAGCUGGGGAUAUGCGAUGCUCAUGCAGAAUUACGACGUCAUGAUCAAAACAGUAUACGAAACCGUUGCUAUAUUAGCAGUAUUGGGAGGAGCAAACGAUGUGCACAUGGGAAAAUGCGAAAGUAAACGCUACAACCAGUCACUAAAGUGGGAUGUUCGCUCGCUGAGAUUUUACCGAGACGAGAAAGGAUUGACACCGUCUCAAUUAAACGCUUCACUGACAUUUGCGCGAGGAGCAGUACAUGCUUCGCUGUCACGUGCUGCAGUCGACUGGAUGGUGAACACAAUAGAUCUCAACAAAACAUUUGAACAGCUUGAUCUUAAUGUAUUGGGUGUUGAUGAGGUUCUUAUUCCAACGCUGCAAGCGAGUGAUAGUCUCAAUAUGCCCGGAAGAUUCACCGCACAGUGUGUGAAAAAAGGAGGCCGCAUUGGCUUUAUAACAAGAAUAGCAACCUGGUACCGGCGAGGACAAACUGAAAUGUCGCUCACAGAAAUAUCGUCAUUCCGUUUGUAUUUUUGGAGUAGAAGAUUUUGUCUGGCUCGCUAA